CGCUCGCGUUUCGGAACAGCCUCAACACGAAUUACCUACCAUUUGCCCUACAGAGGCGAUUGACUGUGGUUGCCAGCGCCGCUGCAACAGGAUCAGCCUCCUCCUCGUCCACGUCCACGCCCUCGCCAGGCCACCAGUUGGACCUUAAUUCGGCUAACAACAACGGCAGCAACAACAGCAGCAGCCUAGACAACAUCUCGAGGAUACAACCAUCCUGGCUAGACGGGAGUCAGCAGCAGCAGCACCACCACCCCCACCAGCAGCAGAAGAACCAUCCGCAGCAACAGGGUUUAGCCACGGACGGCAGCAUGUCGAUGAGCGUCACCUUUGGCACCCCCAACACACCCAACAUGAGCAUGGAUCUGGCGGCACGCCCCACAGUGGUCAAGGAGGGCUGGCUGAUGAAGCGGGGAGAGCACAUUAAGACCUGGCGUCAGCGCUACUUUGUGCUCCGCUCCGACGGCAGUCUGAUGGGAUACCGCAGCAAGCCGGCGGACAGUGCCGUCAUGCAGCCGUCGGAGCAGCUGUUGAACAACUUCACGGUGCGCGGGUGUCAGAUCAUGAGCGUGGACAGGCCCAAGCCCUUCACAUUCAUCAUACGCGGCCUGCAAUGGACAACGGUGAUCGAGCGGACCUUUGCCGUCGAUACGGAAAUGGAGCGCCAGCAGUGGACCGAGGCCAUACGCAACGUGUCCAGUCGCCUCAGCGAAAUGGGAGAGAUGGCCAUGUCGCCGUCUGUGCAGACAGACAUGGCCGACGUGGACAUGGCCGGCAUCGCCGAGGUGGAGCUCUCCGAGCAGUUCUCAAGGCAGGGCACCACCUGCAACAGCAGCGGAGUCAAGAAAGUGACUUUGGAGAACUUUGAGUUCCUCAAGGUGCUCGGCAAGGGCACCUUCGGCAAGGUGAUCCUGUGCCGCGAGAAGGCCACCGCCAAGCUCUAUGCGAUCAAGAUUCUCAAGAAGGAGGUCAUCAUCCAGAAGGAUGAGGUGGAGCACACACUCACCGAGAGUCGUGUGCUCAAGACCACCAAUCAUCCGUUUCUUAUUUCUCUUAAAUAUUCAUUUCAAACCAACGAUCGGCUGUGCUUUGUCAUGCAGUACGUGAACGGCGGAGAGCUCUUCUGGCAUUUGAGCCACGAGCGCAUCUUCACCGAGGACCGGACACGUUUCUACGGAGCCGAGAUCAUCUCGGCCUUGGGCUAUCUCCACUCGCAAGGCAUCAUCUAUCGCGACUUGAAGCUGGAGAAUCUUUUGCUGGACAAAGAUGGCCACAUCAAGGUCGCCGAUUUCGGCCUGUGCAAGGAGGACAUCACCUACGGCCGCACAACGAAAACAUUUUGCGGCACACCCGAAUAUCUGGCUCCGGAAGUAUUAGACGAUACUGAUUAUGGACAGGCGGUGGAUUGGUGGGGCACAGGCGUUGUCAUGUAUGAAAUGAUCUGCGGUCGCCUGCCGUUUUACAAUCGCGACCACGAUGUGCUCUUUACAUUGAUAUUGGCAGAAGAGGUGAAGUUCCCUCGCAAUAUCACAGACGAGGCGAAAAACCUGCUGUCCGGGCUGCUGGCCAAGGACCCGAAGAAGCGUCUGGGCGGCGGGCAGGAUGAUGUCAAGGCAAUACAGGAUCAUCCCUUUUUUGCGAGUAUUAAUUGGACAGAUCUGGUGCUAAAAAAGAUACCGCCGCCUUUUAAGCCUCAGGUUACAUCGGAUACGGAUACGCGUUACUUUGACAAGGAGUUUACUGGAGAGAGCGUGGAGUUGACGCCGCCGGAUCCCACUGGACCGCUGGGCUCCAUAGCCGAAGAGCCGCUUUUCCCGCAGUUCAGCUACCAGGGAGAUAUGGCCACUACACUGGGCACCUCGUCGCACAUUAGUACUUCCACAAGUCUCGCAUCGAUGCAAUAGAACAACGUCAACGACGACAACAACAGGAGUUAAUCAACAACGUAACGUAAUGUAAUGUGACGUAGAGUAACGUUCUUACAAGCACACAACCCCCACAACCACACAUCAUGUUCUGCUUUCAUCACCUCACCCUAUAAAACUAUAUCCCUAUAUACCUAUAGCAUAUAGAAAUGGGCAAAAUGAGAAACACGCAAAACAAAACAAAAUAAAA